UGCUUCAUGCUCUUGGGAAGCCUAAGUCAGAACAGUUGGACCUGUAAACCUCUCCUGGUCCUUGUGGAUGGAAUCCUAGCAGGAUCAUUGACUGACGGUUAAACAUCAUCUGAGCUUUCCCACUGGGUUCCAUAGUUUCUAAGGAGACAAGAACCAUCAAGCGAUCUCUGGCUUGGCUCUCCGGCAUCAUGGGUUCAUCCGGCAUCAUGGGUUCAUCCGGCAUCAUGGGUUCAUCCCUGCACAUGAAGUCCAAUGUCUCGUACCGAAGGCCACCCAGGACCUGGUCAGCCCUCCAAAGGGUACUCUCGCGAGUCCGCCUGCAAUGGAAGAUGCUGGGCUUCUUCGAAAUCAACGAACAGCAUGAAUAUUAUAAAUUCACCUGCAUGCUCAAGGAUGGGCUGAAGGCCUCCAUCCAGAAAACCAUCGACGAACCGGUCAGCAUGGACUCGCAGAAGCCAUCUGAUUUUACCAGGGUGCUUAAGCAAUAUCAUCAGGGUUACGAGAUACGGACAUACGCAGCUCCUGUCUUUGCCCGUUUCCGGCAGUAUCUGGGCAUGAUGGACACGGAUUUCCAAAAGUCCUUGACGUCUGAGAGUUCCUACUUGCAGUUCAUCAGUAACUCUAAAAGCAGAGCUGACUUCUUCCUCACGUAUGACAAGCGUUAUUUCCUGAAGACGCAACGGAAAUGCGAGAUCCGCUUCCUCCUCACUAACCUGUCGAAGUACCUCGACCACAUGGAGAGAUACCCACACUCCAUCCUUGUGAAAUUCCUGGGUGUUUACAGCAUCAUUGCCCCCCAAGAGAAGAAGAGAUACUUCAUCAUCAUGCAAAGUGUCUUCUAUCCACAUGAGAAGAUUACCGAACGGUAUGACAUCAAAGGGUGUCAAGUCGGACGCUGCACCGAGCCACCUGUAGACAGCAGUGAAGUCAUUGUGGUUUUCAAGGACUGCGACUUUGGAGAGAAGGUGAUCUCCCUUAAUCAAGACCAGACAUGGUUGCUGCAGCAAGUGAAGUUGGACACCCAGUUCCUCAAAACUUUGCAUGUGAUUGAUUACAGUUUGCUGGUGGGCCUGCAACCUAUCCAUGGUGAUGACCAAUUCCUGGACAACACGCUGGGAAGUAUAUUAGCCAAGACAAGAAUGUCAGUCAGCUGUGACUAUCCUCGCCGCAACCUCGGCAGGGUUUCCUCCAACAUCUCUUCCACCAGCUCCUCCAGCUAUGAGCAGAUCCUCCGGCUCUAUCCAGAUUAUUUGUACCCCUACUUGAGACUCGACCGGGCUCCCGAGCAGCUCAUCAAGAGCGAGGGCUUCAUGCAUAACGUCGUGACGCCGUUCCUGAUGCAGAACAGCUACGAGGACGUAAGCUGCGUCAUGGGCAGCACGCUCUGCUCCUGCAGCGUCUCCGAUUUAUCCAGCGAGGCCUUCACCAUGCAGCAUCGGCGGGUCCUGCCUGCCUCUAAAAACCCCCUGCACACCAUCGAUGGGCCGGAUUACCGCUAUCACAUAGGCAUCAUUGACUUCUUCACGGUCUACACCUUCCGCAAGAAAUUGGAAAACUUGUGGAAGAGGAUCCGUUACAGGGGCCAACAAUUCUCCACGGUGCAACCUUCUUACUACGCCCAGAGAUUGUGCCAGUGGGUGGAAAGCCACACUAUAUGAACUGGAGAGGAGGCGGAAAGGGGCCAGGUGUAGCUUGAAAGUAGGGCGGUAUUCCCCGUCCCUUCUCGUAAGUUCUCCCGGUUCCCUGCAGAUCAGUAUUCCAGUUUCGACACAAGUCGCCUCUUCUGGUGACCUCUUGGCUACCCAGGAGAUGGAGCUGAGUGAAAUUUCCCUAGAAAUAGGCCGCUUGGCGGAAAGGAACAGGGGGGGGGGAGGCAGUUUUCCAUGGAGCAUGGAAGUUCUAGAGGGCACCUAGGUGGUGUCUUUGCGGAAAAUAGGUGGACACCUCAACCCUACGGACGUUGCAAUCAGUGGCACUGAAUUCCUCAACAGUGCAAGGGGACAUCAUCCAGCCUUCUCCCAAGCAAGCCGCGUCCUCUUGCGAACCAUCACUUUCCAGAGCUGUAGACCAAGAACAAUUUGGUGCUCUGUAGGCCAACCCAAACCAGGCGGGUGCGGGGUGAAUCAAGAGCUCCUUCCUUGAAUGAUUAAGGUCCCAAAUCCACGAGGGGCAAAGAAGGGAGGAGAAUUUGGAUUGAGAAGA